AUGGACGCAAGAAAAGUCAAAGUCAUCCGACCAGCACCUUACCGAAGAAACUGCGGAAGAAAUAAUUGCCUCAGGUGUAGCCCAAGAUUGAAGACUGCUAUCAAGAUCGAAGUGGGUACGCCUCCAGCUCCCUCCGAUACAUCAGCAUCAGCAGAUGCAGAAGCGCCGCUGACACCAUCACCAAAGACUGCUAGCAAGAUCGAAGUGGGUACGCCUCCAGCUCCCUCCGAUACAUCAGCAUCAGCAGAUGCAGAAGCGCCGCUGACACCAUCGACACCACCACCAGCAACAACAACAACAGAGGCAACAAUAGCAGCAGCAACAACAACAGAGGCAGCAGAAGCGCCAGCCACACUACCACAGGAAGUGUGUUGA